UUCUGCGCUUUCCACAGUAUGGCCGGUGAUAUUAGCUAGCAGUCGCUCUACAGUAUUCUCUGUAAAAGGGAAGACGGUAAAACCAAGAAAUUACACCUGGAUUGCUAAAGGACUGUACUUAAUAAAUUAUAACGAUCAAGCAAGGACAAGCUAAUUAAGUUGAAAACGUAACCUACAUUUAAUUUCUGUUAUUGGUGUCUGCUGUGCCACGAUGGAAGAGAACGGUGCACACUUCUUCGAGGGAACCGAGAAGCUGUUGGAGGUGUGGUUCUCCCGGCAAGAUGAGAAUAAAGGAACAGGGGACCUCCGUACCAUCCCAAGGUUUGAGUGGGACAAACUUCUGGAGAAUGUGCACUGUUUGAUCAUAAGUGUGACGAAGACCGACAAGCAGGAAGCUUAUAUACUCAGUGAGAGUAGCAUGUUUGUCUCCAAGAGACGUUUCAUUUUGAAGACAUGUGGAACCACCCUCUUACUGCAAGCACUGAUGCCUCUGCUGGAACUGGCCAGAGAGUACUGUGGCUUUGAUGCCAUCGAGGAUAGGUCAGAGGUUCUAACUCCAUCUCCUCACUACCUACAGAAUUUCUUCUAUUCUCGUAAGAACUUCAUGAAGCCCACCCAUCAGGAGUUCCCUCAUCGGAACUUCCAGGAGGAAGUGGAAUUUCUCAGCCAGAUUUUCCCAAACGGAGCAGCGUACUGCAUGGGACGUUUGAACUCUGAUUGCUGGUACCUGUUUACUCUGGAUUUGCCAGAGUUCUGGGAGAACGAGCAUGCGGAUCAGACGCUGGAAGUUCUGAUGAGUGACCUUGAUCCAGCAAUUAUGGACCAGUUCUUCAUGAAAGACGGUGUUUCUGCAAAUGAUGUCACUCGUAUGAGUGGAAUUCGUGACCUGAUACCAGGUUCUGUGAUUGACGCCACAAUGUUCAACCCUUGUGGCUACUCAAUGAAUGGAAUGAAGACUGAUGGAACUUACUGGACGAUCCACAUCACUCCAGAGCCAGAGUUCUCCUAUGUCAGCUUUGAAACCAACCUCUCUCAGACGUCCUACGAUGAUCUGGUCAGGAAGGUUGUGGACGUGUUUAAGCCAGGAAAAUUUGUGACUACGCUAUUUGUUAACCAGAGCUCCAAAUGUCGCAGUGUCUUUUCUUCCGCCCAGAAACUCGAGGGGUACAAGCGCCUUGACCGCCAGUUGGCCCAAUUCAACGAUUACAAUUUUGUCUUUACUAGUUACGCCAAGAGCCGCCAGCAGAACCAGCAAAGUUGAGGUUUAAGAAUGAAAAAGAAGCGUAAGAAGAAAGGUGGCUGUGUCGCGGGGCUCACCCCCUGUGGCUGUCUUUCUGUCCUAGCGGAGAGGCCCACUCCACUCUGCUGCCAUUGUUCAGGAUUUCUUGGCAUCGAGGCCACAGGCCCUAAUAGUUUAAACUCCAGUUUGAAUUGUAUGCAUUGUUGUACCUAUAACUUAGCUCUCUUGCAUGAAAGUAAUUUUUUCUGUUUAGAUAGUCUAGUGCACUCUUGCUGUGAUCUUGAAGUGCAUGUAGAGGAAUUAAACAUGCUCUGUUUGAGGCUGUCCAGCCUGGCCCAGUGCAGCGGCCCCUUCCUGCAGGUCUCCCCCCUCAUUCCCCACAGACAGGGCUUUCGUGCCCACUAGUCCAGGGCCCUGACAUGCUCAGAUUGGUCUGCCUCUAUGUGCUUACCGAUUUUAUUUAAAAAAUGUUUAAGUUGAAAUGCAAUCUCCCCCCCUUCACUGAUUUGCUGCUAAUUUGAUCUGUUGCAAAGGUGUCCUUUUUUUGAGUGCACUUGAAGUUUUCAACUCGAGCAGGACUCCUCAGUACCCAAACGUAAAACACCAACUUUUUUUUUUUUGGGCAUAUUGAAUUUCAAGAUGCUUCUAAUCACUCAAAGAUCAACAUGUGAGCUUUGGGCCAUAAUGUUAUUUGUCAUGUUGCAUCAACCAAGUUAAUGAAUUCCUUAAAUCAAAAUGCCUUUGUCAGUGUUUCACUACCAGAGGAUUGGAGAGAGGCUGACUGCUGGGCAAUGUGAUCUAGUUCUUUGCUUGUAAACUGCACCGGAGCCAAAAUAAUUAUUGCUAGAAUUGGGUUCUCCCCCCCCCCUUGUUCAGUCAGCCAUGCUUCUCUCCACCUCGACAAUAAAUGUAGCUGUUGAAUGUGUCCACAAAUAGACAGGCUAAACUUUUUCCCAUGCAACAGUAUGUGUUAGUGUACAUUUUAAAACAUCAAGUUGGGUACUUCAUGGUAUGGGAUGUGUAAUACAUGUUUACAUUUACACUAAGGCUCCUACAUUUAUAAACUGGGUGGUUCGUGCACUCAAUGCUGAUUGGCUGAAAGCUGUGGUAUAUCAGACGGUAUACCACACCCCCUUGUGCCUUAUUGCUUAAGUAUACUGCACCAACAGGAAGCGUCUGGUUCUUGGAAUUCUCAGUCAGUUUAAACACUUCAUUUAGCCAUUAAUAAUUGAAUACAUUAUAAACAAAAGUCCAAACUUGACACUAGAUCAGUCAUGUAAGAACAAAGGCUGUGCCAACAAUGUUGAGGGGCAUGUUUAGAAUAGCGGCGCCUGUUGAGGGGCUUUAUCUGGAUGUAAAUGACUCAAGGAGACUCAGUAGUCACCUUGUCGCUGUGGUGUGGGCCAGAACAAUGCCCUCUGCAGUCCAGCAUGGUCAGCCAUUGUUUCCCGGCCCAGCGGGUCUCCCCGUGAGACUCAGCUGGCCCCAGAACCAUGCUUGACAGUGGCACUCCUGGCUGCACCGUGUGGCCCUGAAUGGAAAUAAUGACUCACUCUGCUUAGUGCAGCGGUUGCCCAGCAAAGCAUUUCUUUCUUUUUAUAAACAAUGUACAUUUCCCCCCCCCCCCCCCCCCCCCCUAUACAGGAAUCGGUAAGCGCACAAUGGAGGCCCACCAAUCUGAGCAUGCCAGGGUGAUCCCGGAUCAUUCCACACAACUGUUGCAUAAACCAUUUUAUUAAUUUUAUUGUGCGCAGACAUUUUGCAGUGAAUUGGUCCCAAAUGUGACUCCACUGCAGUUUUUUUGGAGCACAAUCAAUACCCUUUGUUCAUUGAUGGGGGAAAAUCCUGUGGUGCAUGUGACUACUAGUUCUGUAUUGCUUGACAGUGUAGUGUGCUGCGGUCUGUUCCUCCUGUGUAGAGUAAUGUGCAUCACCUUCCAGUUUCAUCAGCUCCUGUAGAUGGGACUGGAGCAUCCUGAUGUUAUAUUGAACGGGUGGGUCGGGGUUAAUGUUUAUCUACUUUGCCACCAUAGUGCUGAAGGCAGGCCUUAAUCUAGAUGGUUACUAUAAAGAUAUUGAUGUUUAAAAUAUAUAUUUUUUAGGAUGUUGGAUUGUCUUCUCAGGCUGGUCAGUAAAAUUCAUGAUGCUUCCCCUGCCAGUGAAUGCAGAUUGAUUUGAAUUUGCUGACAAAAAUGGGGUGUUUAGGGAACAUUUAUUUUGUUUUUGACUGCUGUUUUUAAAAAAAAUGUAUUUUAAGACUGGCGUUUCUGGCCUGCCUUUAGCACUUCUGAGCGUUAUAACCUGUGCUGCGUUGCCCCACUGUUAGGAACUGUAAGAUCACGCUAGUUCAGAAAGCUCUUAAAACACCAGAGAAUGGCUCAUUAUAUACACAAGUCUGGACAUCCCUUCAAAUUUGUGCUUUCGGUCAUUUCAGCCACACCUGUUGCUGACAGGUGUGUGCGAUUUGAUACAUUGUACAGUGUCCAUAGACACACAUUGGCUGUAGAAUGGCCUUGACGAAGAGCGCUGACAUUCAAUGUGUCACUGUCAUAGGAUGC